UUCAAUAUGGCCGAUUGAAAUGACAAUCGAGAAUUUAUUAUUUGUUCCUUUGAGAAAUCGUCCUGAAUUUCUGGAGGAGACGGCGAUUUUUUUGAAUUCUUACUGGUCGAAAACUCUUGACGGCAGACUUCACUAUUUAGCAGAGGGUCAAGAUGACCUUCCAUGUUCACUCAUUCUCUUACUAAAAGAUGACAAAGCACAAACAAGAGUCAUUGGCCACACUAGACUCAACAAGGUUCUGGGAAAACCAAAGGCAUCAUUUUUGACUUGUGUGCUUAUAGAAAAGGCCCACCGAGGAUGUGGACUUGGCAAAAAGCUCAUGCAGCUUACAGAAACCUAUGCAUCUCAGCUAGGAUUGACAACAAUUUACCUCUCAACAUUUGACAAGUACGAGUUUUAUAAACAUCUUGGCUACCAUGAUUGUACUCAAGUUACUCCAAUUAAAGCAAGUUCAACCCUGUUUACGAACUCCCAG